CUCCUUCCUUAUCGCGUGAGAUUGGUAGCAGAGAACAUGAGUUGGUCUCUCUGCAGCACCCAUGGGGUCUCGUCCAUGGCUCUCACUUAUGGGCUUCGCCAUAGUAGAAGAUCAACUUUCCGGAUCUGCGCCACUUCUGACGGAGUAGAGCCUAAGGAGGAACCCAAACCGCCGGAAUCUCCCCUCUCCUCCUCCUCCUCCUCCUCCUCUUCGCCUUCUGCUCUCGGUACAGACUUGAAAAAGGUGGUUAACAAGACUGCAGCAACCUUUGCCCCGCGGGCGUCCACCGCUAGUAAAAACCCAGCUGUCCCUGGAAGUACUCUGUACAAAGUUUUUGAGGUUCAAGGGUAUGCAUCUAUGUUCGUGGGAGGGGUCCUUUCUUUCAACCUCCUCUUCCCCUCCAACGAACCUGAUUUAUGGAGGCUCAUGGGGAUGUGGUCUAUUUGGAUGUUUACUAUUCCUUCUCUUCGAGCUCGAGACUGUCCAAGUAAAGAGAAAGAGGCUCUUAAUUACCUCUUUCUUAUCAUCCCGUUGCUCAAUGUUGCUAUACCCUUCUUUUACAAAUCCUUUGCUCUUGUCUGGUCUGCUGAUACAGUUGCCUUCUUUGCAAUGUAUGCCUGGAAGCUUGGAUGGCUGCAAAAAACAGAGUAGGGGGUUCUCGUGGUGGGAUUAGAGAAUGAAGAUCAUCUGUCUUCUCUUCCUUUGAAUGAUUCUUCAUUAAGCUUCUCUGUGGACCGAAGCCUAUCGUGUCAGGUAUGUGGGUUUAAGGCAAACGAUUGUGAACAUUGUUCGACAAGGAAAUAUGACCAAGCCCAUUCAGGAAUAUUUCUUGUAAAUCAUAGAUUUCCGAGAUUAAUUUUAGCUCAAGCUAGAAGUGCGAGUACAUAUACGCUUUCUUAUCAAGAAUGCAGCUGGUAAAUUUAAAGAAAAUAAAAGAAUUGAGUUUAUGUA